UUAAAGGGGAGACGUUGCAAUGUUGCCUGCCUAACAUUCAAAAAAACCAUUCUGCAUUUUACUUCUCUCAGUUUCUCAAUUCCCAAACACUAAAUUUAGCCACAUCAGUUCUCUUACAUUUCAUCAUCUUCCACACUAAAACUUCUUUCAAUUUGUCCCAUAUCAUCUAUCCCAGCCUUCAAUCGCUCCACGCUUCACCCAUUCCUUCCGCUUCUACUGAAUCUUUCAAAUGUUGAGCAGAAUCGGAUCAGUUAGAAGCUCUUCACUGAGUUUAGGGUUUGGGUUAGUCAAAAGGUGGUUGUGGAGUAAGAGCGACACUGGUCAGAGGUUCGCGGUUCUUUGGGGCAAUGGUGACUAUGGCAGGCUUGGGUUGGGGAGCCUGGACUCACAUUGGAGCCCUGCUCCCGUGCUCUGUUCGGCCUUUCGUGAUCAAGGCCUUCGAGCCAUUGCAUGCGGUGGUGCUCAUACCCUAUUUCUAACAGAUCGAGCAUUUAAGGAAACAUGGAGAAGGAAAAAACUAGCUUUGUGUUGGAGGUCAAAUUUGACCGCUUUGAAGUACUUGAGGGUAGUGGCUCAUAAACUGUCUCCUACUUUGACAGAAACUGGACGCGUCUAUGCCACUGGUCUGAAUGAUUUUGGGCAGCUUGGGAUAUCAGAUGAUGCAACUUACAGUGCUGAGCCAUUAGAGGUUUCGGGACUUCCAAAGGAAAUUGUUCGGAUCUCAGCUGGUUAUUAUCACUCUGGUGCCAUUACAGUUGAUGGAGAGCUCUACAUGUGGGGAAAGAACGCAAAUGGACAACUUGGCCUUGGAAAAAGGGCACCAAAGGCGGUUCCUUUACCAACUAAAGUUGAAAGCUUGAUUGGACUGACCAUCAAAAUGGCAGCUUUGGGUUCAGAGCACUCAGUUGCUGUUACGGAUGGAGGUGAGGCUUUGAGUUGGGGCGGAGGAGAGUAUGGAAGACUUGGACAUGCCAAUGAUUCAACCAGUUUUUCGUUCUUUAAAAGUACCAGUGAGUACAUGCCAAGGCUAAUAAAGAAACUUGAGGGCAUCAAGGUAAAAUAUGUUGCUGCUGGCUUGCUGCAUUCUGCAUGUAUAGAUGAAAGUGGCUCAGCUUUUGUAUUUGGAGAACGACCAGCAGAUAGAUUGGGUUUCAGAGAGAACAGCGAAGCUACACCCUCCUUGAUUGCUGAACUUCCUUACUCUGAAGAAGUUGCUUGUGGUGGCUAUCACACGUGUGUCUUAUCAAGUGGUGGAAAAUUGUACACUUGGGGUUCAAAUGAAAAUGGAUGCCUUGGUAUUGGUACUACGAUGGUCUUUCAUCAACCAGAAAGAGUUCAAGGUCCUUUCUCGGAAUGUAUUGUAAGCCAGGUAUCUUGUGGUUGGAAGCACACAGCAGCGAUUUCUGCAGAAGGCAAAGUUUUCACAUGGGGUUGGGGAGGUUCACAUGGAACUUUUUCCGUGGAUGGGCAUUCUUCAGGAGGACAACUGGGUCAUGGAAAUGAUGUUGACUAUAUGAAACCUACAAUGAUCAACUUGGGAGGGGAUGUGAAAGCAUUCCAAGUAUCAUGCGGAUUCAAUCAUACAGGCGCUAUACUUGAACAUAUCUAAUUCUUUGAUUGCUAUGAUAUGCUUGAUUUUACUGGCAUGUAUCAUUUUGUUCAUUCUUGUUGUGCUUUAUUGGUAAGUAUGCCAAUGGUUAAUGGUUAUCAAUACAAAAAAUAAAAAUGAAAAUAAGAGUUUAGGUCACCACCCAACAAAAUUAAAUGUAAGUUGGGGAUUUUGAAUAAAUAGUAUAAAAAUUAAUGUAUGCAAGUAUGGUGCCAAAAAGAAACAUUGUUAUACAGCAUCGAGGUGUCUAACACCACUAUAAAAGAUGUCCGUCCUAUAAUUAG